GGGUGGAGCUGCGUAUAGUUUCAAAAUGGCGUUCAGCUAGGACGGCCGUAAUGCAGUGGUAAACAUUUAUUCCUUGUCAAUUCAGAUCUUUAGUAUACGCACGGCACAAAUACAAUCAUUACUACAAGACGUCUUUGCUAUACAAAAUGAAAGGCAAAGAACGUUCGCCAGUUAAAAAGCGGUCACGUCUUCUGGAUGAAUCUCGAGACAGGGGAGGAAGCCACCCAUCAUGCAAGAAAAUGGGAACCCUUUCGGUGUCUGGAAGCAACAACGGCAAUAACUCGAUGAAAGGUAUGAGUUCAACGAGAAGGACUUUACUCGGUGAUAAACGAGAUAGCCGAGAGAUCGACAGCCACGUUUCAAAUCGUUCUGGAAGUAACCACAGCUAUGCUAAUAUCACUGCGGGUGUGAGUAGCAGCAAGAACCACAGCGGCCUCACUUUGGAAGCCACCACUCGCAUUAACUCUCGCGGAGACGCCAGGGCUCUUCCGAGUAACGAAAGUGAGUACAAGACUUUGAAAAUAAGCGAUCUUGGUUCUCAGUUGAGCGACGAAGAGAUAGAGGACGGAUUAUUUCUGGAGUUCAAGAAAUUUGGAGACGUGAGCAUAAAAAUAAGUAGAGUAAACGACGAGCGUGUGGCGUUUGUCAACUUUAGAAGGCCCGAUGACGCCAAGGCUGCAAAACACGCCCGCGGCAAAUUGGUUCUGCAUGACAGGCCACUCAAAAUCGAGGCAGUGUACAUCAACAGGCGGAGGAGCCGCUCGCCAAUAGACAAAGACACUUAUACUGCAGUUCCUGGUCACAGACAUUUGCAUUCUCAGAGACCGCUGUCACCAACUGGCCUGGGCUAUAGAGACUACAGGCUGCAGCAGCUUGCCCUCGGUCGCCUGCCACCUCCGCCACCCCCUCCUCUUCCCAGAGAUUUAGAGAGAGAAAGGGAAUUUUCCUUGUAUGAUGCCAGGACUCGACCGCCCUUUAUCCCAGAAGUUGCUGCUGCUUUCAGGGAGGAGGAUAUCGUGUCGCCAGAGGACGACCAGAGGGCCAACAGGACGUUGUUUCUCGGUAACCUGGACAUAACAGUGACCGAGAGUGACCUGAGGCGGGCUUUUGACAGAUUUGGUGUCAUCACUGAGGUUGACAUCAAGCGCCCUGCACCACGCCAGAACAGUACGUAUGGAUUUCUGAAAUUUGAAAACCUUGACAUGGCUCACCGUGCCAAGCUCAGCAUGUCUGGCAAAGUGGUGGGCCGCAAUUCUAUCAAGAUUGGAUAUGGCAAGGCCACCCCAACGACCAGACUCUGGGUGGGGGGGUUGGGCCCCUGGGUCCCCUUGGCAGCCUUGGCCAGGGAGUUUGACCGCUUUGGCACAAUCAGGACCAUAGACUACAGAAAGGGUGACGCCUGGGCCUACAUCCAGUACGAGAGCCUGGACGCAGCACAGGCCGCCUGCUCCCACAUGCGCGGCUUUCCCCUCGGAGGCCCUGACCGGCGCCUGCGGGUGGACUUCGCAGACACGGAGCACCGAUACCAACAGCAGCAGCAGUACCUGCAGCCUUUGCCCCUUCCGCCACAUUACGACCUUGUGGCAGAGACGUUUGUGCAUCGCGCGGGGCCCGAGGCCCUGCGGGUGAGAGAAAGGACCCCUCCGCCUACGCUUCGCUUCCGCGACACCCCACUGUACCCCCCAGCUGCUGCUGAAUGGCCUGUCCCGGCGGUGCGGGACCGCGCACGGGGCGCUCCCUUCGAGCCUCUGGAGCACCUGGAGCGAGAGAGGCGUCCGCGGGACGCGUGGUCGCUGGAGAGGGAGCGGGAGCUGCAGAACCGCGACCAAGCCAGGAAGCGGCGUCUGCUGGAAGAUGGGCGACACCUGGAGCGAUCACCAGACAGCAGCGAGCGCCUCCGAGGCCGGGGGGGUGGUGGCGGGCGCCACGGCCUCUCCAUGGAGCGCAGUCCAGGCGGCAGCAGCGGCAGGGACGGCGGCCGGUACAGCGACAACGACAGGCUGGCUCGCUCCGACAGGCCCUCACCUGCGGCAGGGGGACGCGAUCGGCGCGGAAGCUUCGACUGUCAGCCCGGCGAAAAACGACUUCGAGCGAUGAGCCCCGUCGAGACCAUCAGCGAAAGGGAGCGCAAGCGCAAAGCCAGCGAGGCCACCAAGAGCCCCGGCAAACGCGAGGAGCGGACAGAGCACCCUUCCUCCACGUCCUCCUCCUCCAGGACUACAGCCCAGUCCAAGCAGGGCUCUGGCGGCCACAAGCUGUCGCUGGCCUGGCACGGGAUGCUGCAGCUCAAGAACAGCAGCUUCCCCACCAGCAUGCACCUGCUGGAGGGGGACCUGGGGGUCUCCAGCCGGCUCCUGGUGGACGGCAACACGGGAGGCCAGGUGAGUCAGCUGAAGAUCACCCAGCGUCUCCGUCUGGACCAGCCCAAGCUGGACGAGGUGUCGCGGCGCAUCAAGGUGGCGGGCCCCGGCGGCUACUCCGUGCUGCUGGCCGUGCCCGGCAGCUCGGGGGAGGGGGAGGAGGGCCCCUGCGACACGGGCAGCUCGACGGAGCGGCCGCUGAGGAACCUGGUGUCCUAUCUCAAGCAGAAACAGGCGGCCGGCGUCAUCAGCCUCCCUGUCGGGGGCAGCAGAGACAAGGACAACGCGGGAGUCCUGCAUGCCUUUCCUCCGUGCGAGUUCUCCCAGCAGUUUCUCGACACUGCUGCUAAAGCCCUGGCCAAAACAGACGAAGACUACCUGGUCAUGAUCAUAGUACGAGGAGCGUCAUAAAAUAGUUAACACUUGUAAGAGAAAAAUAAAUGACUGAAGAAAUAACUUAAAAAAUGGCCUGUAAUGUAUAGAGUGCAGCUGUGUCCUAGAGUAUAGUCUUGAAUGUCAAAGUUAACUUUGCAGUGUCCUGUCACUUGAGUAAAAGGAGAAGUACAUUGCAACACAGUGGUUUCAGCAGUCCAGUGUCUAGGGAAUAAUUCUGGUCUGUAUGCAUGGCUACAUUUUUUUGUACAGAAGACAUUGUAAAUGGUGACUGUACAUCAGAAUAAUGUGCUGAGUAGGUUCUUUUUUCUGACAGUGUAACACUUGGCUAAAAAGGUCUUCAUUGCACAGUUAAGGUUAGAUUAACCCCUCAGACUAAACGUUGUCGUCUGCAGCAGUCAGUGCACCCUUGGCUGCCUUAUCUUCCUAAUGUGCUCAUAGUAACAGUCCUGAGAUGUCAUUUUACUUUACUCUGUCAGUUUGUUUUCAUAUACAUGCUUUUUGUUUCUUAUUUCAGUUAAGUCGGUUGCAAGCAGGUAUUUCCAAAUUGCCACAUCUAGAACCUGACCUUGUAGAUCUGGGUGGCUGGGGAGCUUUGAGAUGAUCAUUUGAUGAAUCCUAAACAGGGUAAAAGGGUUUAUUUGGAACUGUAUUCUUAAUUGUACAUCUAUUGAAGAGUGUUAGGGCUCAAAUCACUUUCAAUCAUUACAAAUUGUCAUGAGAUUUAAAAUAUUUAUUUAAAAAAACAAAAACGAUGUUGAUUCAUCAACUUGAACUAGAAUUUCCGGUGUAAUCACCACAGAGGGUUAAUUUGAUAUUGGGUUUUCAAGAAGAAUUUAUUACAAACCUUUGGUCAAGUGUGUAGAAGAUGUCUAUAUGUGAGUGUGUGUGUUGAGUGUGUGAUCUCACGGCAUCACAAAGUUCCUUCAACUAAUUAUAUCCCGUUAAGAUAAGGCCGCUUCAGAAGAUGGACUUAGCCAUGUUGAAAUUGCUGUAGGUUUUACUUCAAUAAAGUAAUUCAAUUCGUGAAAACAAGACUAGGUAAUUCAAAAAUGUGUUAUUUGGAAGAAUAGAGAAAUGGUUUUGAUUUUUUUUUUUUGAUUACGCUGUAUUUUCUAAGCAUCUUCUUUUAUUGUUUUUUGUUGGUAUUUUUAAAUGUCUUUUUUUAAAAACGUCUUUUAAACAAAUCCUACGUCACAUAGGAUCAUGACCAGUUAAGUAGCAGGCUGAUGAGACUAACUCCCCAAUUGAGCAGCAUUAGUGAAAUUUCUCCUCGUAACAAUCUUGGAUGAAGGUCUUAAGAUUUUUAUUUUAUUUUAUUAUUUUAAUUAGGCAUACAGAGUUCAAACUAAUAUAAGACAACAUAGGACACCAAUGUAAGACAUGCUCUUAUUUUGCCCUUGACAUUUGCUCACUUUAGAUUGUUUUUGAUGCAGAUAACUGAUUAUGUAAAGGGUGAUAAAAGACCUGGCCAUCCAAAAAUUAUAUAUUUUUCCCUGCAGUCAUUUCAUGGUCAUGUAAACCACUGCCAUGUCUUGUUUCCCCACCUAACCUUUUGUUUAAAAAAAGAGAAGUAUAUAUAAAGUGUGUGUGUGCGUUUGUGUGUGUCUACUUGUUGUAUGGACAGUGGACAGUUAGAAGUAUCUUUUUUUGGGAAAAAAAUGAAAGAACACUUCAUUCUGGACAGUCUGAUGCAUUUACGCAGAGAGCAAACUCAAGUUAACAAAUGUCAGUGUGAAUCCUAACUGAAUGGACUGCUCUUGCAUUGUAUAAUUGGUUAUGUCAUCACGACCGUACCCAUGUUCUAAUUGGAAGUUUGCAUUUUGCUCUUAACUGUACAGCUGAUUUCUGGAGAGAGAGAAAGAAAAAAAAUGGAAACCGUCUUUCCAUUUUGCGACUAAAGAAGUAGCUGUUCACAACAAUCACACAAAGAAAAAAAACUGUGCAUCUGGCACUUGCUUGAUUUUGUCUCAGUGUCAAUAAAUUGUUUCUCUUUCGAUGGAAAAUCCGUCUGUUUCUGCUAUGGAAGUGAGUUGAAGACGGCCAUUUUGUGACCUUUUCAUUCAGUUUGGUGUUGCCAAGCCUCCCCCCCCCCUCAUUUCUGUCUGUGACAAAAGGAUGUACGCCCACACAAGACAGACAGAAAAGGAGAGAGUGGAGAAGGGGGGUGGGAAACGCCCGACAACUUUUAUCUGUGUUGACCCUUGUUGCAUGACAUUGCAGCCAUUGCCACUUGUUGCUUCUUCUUCCAGGAAGAGAGAAGUCAGUGUCUUCCAUUGGAGGAGCAACAGUUUGUUUGACCUGUCCUGCACAUUAGGAAGGCAAUUGUGAGUUGUGUGUUUGAACAUGCACAGAUCCAGACAGCCAU